AUGAAUAGCAAACGGAAGUAUUGGAGUGGUCAUUUACCCAACAAAAAGACCGUUGAUGCAGGAAUGUCCGGUUUGCUUUUUACCUUCUCUGGAAAUGAAAAAACUGCGGUUAGAGAAGCGUAUUCGCUUAUUGAUAUGGUGACUGAAAUGUGUGCUCUCGCUGAAAAAUCAAAGGAGUUUGAAGUUUGUGAACUCAAAGGAGAAGGUACAGAACUGCCAAAAGCAGAACAGGAUAUUGAGGAAUCUGAUGAUGAGGAUGUCUCGGAUCUGGUAAAACGAUAUUGCGAUAAAGGUUUGUUUUCAUCUGGUUUUUUUAGAUAUAUGUUGCCAUUGGAGUGUGUGCUGCUAAAUCUUUUAAUCAAUUUGAUUUUUAAAAGAAACGCAAAAGAUCAAAAAAAGUAUUUAACGGACGGAAUACGCCAAGUUAGUUUGAAAGUGAAGUGCUGUUUAUUUGUAAGUAUGGAAGAUUCUGAGAAGGUGUAUGACUAUGCGGACAGAAUAUUUGAAAUGACGUCAGAAAAACCAUGUUGCAGGAAAUUACAACGUGUUAUACCCGUAGAAGUUACCUGCCCUCUUGAUUUUGCAGUGCUAAAUCAAAAAAUAACAAAAAUGAUUUCUCGAUAUUUUGUUAGCGACGCGGACGGUAAAUGGCCUACAUAUUCAGUCGAAAUUAUUCGACGAAAUAGCGGCGAAUUAAGUCGUAAAGAUAUUCUUAGCAUGGUAGAUGACGCAGUUUCUCAGUUAGCGCCGCAAUGUAAAGUCAAUCUUCGAGCACCCGAUAUCUCUCUGUUGAUUCAAAUAGUAAGAAGGACAAUUUUUUUAUCUUGUAUAAAGAGUUACCUCUCGAGGAGGAAAUUAAGUCUACAUAAGACUGGAGUUUAG